AUGACCAAGGGAACUCAGUCAUUCGGAGGAAGAAACAACAAGACUCACACUUUGAGCAGAACCACCGGUACCUAAAGCUGGCACAAGCAAAAGAAGAGAUGCGCCUCUUCAGGACAUGGUGCUGGUACCAAAAAGAGAAGAUACAACUGGUCCAAGAAAGCAGCAGGCAGAACCACCCAAGGUACUGGUAGAAUGCGAUACUUGAAACAUGUUGCCAGAAGAGCAAAGAACGGCUUCAGAGAGGGCACCAGAGCCAAGUCCGUCAAGAGUUCAAGAAAGGCCGCCGAGAAGAAAUGA